GAUGCACGCCGCCCUGGCGGGGCCGCUGCUUGCCGCCCUCUUCGCCACCGCCCGCGCCCGCCCGCAACCCCCGGACGGAGGACAGUGCCGGCCGCCCGGAUCGCAGAGGGACAUGAACUCCUUCCUAUGGACUAUCCGGCGCCAUCCCCCAGCCUAUUUGUUUGGCACCAUUCAUGUUCCGUAUACCCGAGUCUGGGACUUCAUCCCUGAUAAUUCCAAAGCAGCCUUCCAGGCCAGCACCCGUGUCUACUUUGAGCUGGAUCUGACGGAUCCCUAUACCAUCUCGGCCCUGGCCAGCUGCCAGCUGCUGCCCCAUGGGGAGAACCUGCAGGAUGUGCUGCCAAGAGAGCUCUACUGGCGCCUGAAGCGCCACCUGGACUACGUGAAGCUGAUGAUGCCCUCAUGGAUGACACCAGCCCAGCGUGGCAAAGGGCUGUAUGCUGACUACCUGUUCAAUGCCAUUGCUGGCAACUGGGAGCGCAAGAGGCCAGUGUGGGUGAUGCUCAUGGUGAACUCACUCACGGAGACGGACGUGCGCUCCCGAGGCGUGCCUGUGCUGGACCUCUACCUGGCCCAGCAGGCUGAGAAGAUGAAGAAGAGCACUGGGGCUGUGGAGCGGGUUGAGGAGCAGUGCCAUCCUCUCAAUGGGCUCAACUUCUCCCAGGUGCUGUUCGCCCUGAACCAGACUCUGCUGCAGCAUGAGAGUGUGCGGGCUGGGAGCCUGCAGGCACCCUACACCACGGAGGACCUCAUCAAACACUACAACUGCGGGGACCUCAAUGCAGUCAUUUUCAACCAUGACACAUCCCAGCUUCCCAAUUUCAUCAACACCACCCUUCCACCUCAUGAGCAGGUGACAGCCCAGGAGAUUGACAGCUACUUCCGCCAGGAGCUCAUCUACAAGAGGAAUGAGCGCAUGGGGAGGAGAGUCAUGGCGCUGCUGCAGGAGAACCAGGACAAGAUCUGCUUCUUCGCCUUCGGAGCAGGUCACUUUCUGGGGAACAACACUGUCAUCGACGUCCUAAGACAAGCAGGAUUGGAGGUGGACCACACACCUGCUGGGCAAGCCAUCCGCAGUCCUGCUACUGGGAGCCCGGCUCCCUCUCCCGAGGGCACCUCUUCUGCCAGUCCAGCCCCAGCAACCCCAGCUGCUGCAGUCCUGGAAGCAACCUCAGCAACCCCCACCACCCCUCCAGAGGAGGAGGAUCCAGUCCUGUCCCCGCACCUCCUGCUCCCGGACAGCCUUAGCCAGCUGGAGGAGUUCGGACGGCAAAAGUGGCGCAAGAGACUAAACAAACAGCAGCGGCCGAGGCAGUUCAACGACCUCUGGGUCCGCAUCGAGGACAGCACCACUGUCUCGCCACCCCCGCUGCCUCUCCAGCCUACCCCCAGCUCCGGGACUACCAAGCCUUUUGUCAAGCUCUCACACCAACUCCAGCAGCAGGAUGUUGCGGGGCCUACCAGCAACUCAGCACCUACACUGGGCCUCCCCGCUGCUGUCGCUGCCACCAUCGUCGCCCCCUUCCUACUACACACCCUUGGGCCUUCCUGACCUUGACCACCCUUGCAGAGCAGUCAGAGAAAGCACAGAAUCUGUGACCACGCCCACCGUCUGACGCCACCUCUGACGGCGCUGACACCUCAAGGCAGGUCACACAGGACAGGGACCUUAAAACACCAGAGCUUUAUUGUACCCAAAUUACAUCUUCUUUUUUGUAGAAGGUCUUAAUUUCCCAUAGUGCUAUGGGGCCUUUUGUAAAAUAUGUGUCCAUAUUAAAAGAGAAAAUGUA